AUGGUGAAGUUAAACAAAGAGUGCUUAGCCAUUCUUCAAAAUAAAUUGCCCCCAAAGCUUAAGGAUCCAUGGAGUUUUUCUAUACCUUGCACCAUAGGGAAUACUGAAUUUGAAAAAGCUUUAUGUGACUUGGGUGCUAGUAUAAAUUUAAUGCCCUACUCUAUUUUUGAAAAACUCGGAUUGCAUGAACUAACAUCUACAACUAUUACCCUGCAAUUAGCUGAUCGUAGCAUUAAAUAUCCUAGGGGAAUAGUAGAAGAUGUUUUAGUCAAAGUAGGUAAUUUCAUCAUUCCUGUUGAUUUCGUUGUGUUGGAUAUGGAGGAAGAUAGGACAAUGCCAUUGAUUCUAGGGAGACCCUUUCUUGCUACUGGUAAUGCUUUAAUUGAUGUACAAAAGGGUCUACUUACUCUUAVGAUCAAUGRUGAAGAAGUGGUGUUUAAYRUAUUUCAAACCAUGAAGUAUCCCAACACAAGUGAACAUGAAAUAUAUGCAAUCGACUCUAUAGAUGUUUGGGCAGCUAAGAUUAACACAUCAAAGUUAGAUGAUCCCUUUGAAUGUUGCAUUCUUAAUUCGUGUAAAAACAUGCAGGUCAUGGAGGAAGAAGCAAAGGAGGCAGUGAACUAUUUGGAGGCCGGCCAGGAAGGGUGCAAGCCAAGACAAGGAAAAUUUCUGCCACUAGAAGGGCUGACCUCUACCAAACAAUUGCUACCCUCUAUCAAAGCACCUCUAGCUUUGAAACUUAAACCUUUACCUUCUCAUUUGAAAUAUAUAUUUUUGGGAGAAAGUUCCACAUUACUUGUGAUUAUCUCUUUUGAAUUGGCAAGUCUCCGAGAGGAAAAGCUUGUGGGAGUGCUCAAACAACAUAUAUUGGCCAUCGGAUGA